AGCGCCUCUUCUUCCUCCAUUCCUUUGACGGAGUCUGCCAGGCAAAGAGCGGCAGCAAAACGUGCUUUCACGGACACAUUUCUCUCUCUCUCUCUCCAUUAUCUCUCUCUAUUCUAGGCUCUCUUUCUCUCUCUUCCUUCUCUCUAUAUACUUAUUUUAGGCGGUGGGGUUGUUGACGAAAAUGUCACCCAUUUUCUCCACCAAAUCAGAACGAGACCUAGCCCCCAUCAAAGUCACACCAAAACCAGACACAGGAACCCUAAGUUUUCACCAGAAAGCCAUUUCCAAGAAGCUACACAUCGCAGGCAUACCAAAUGGUUGAAGAUCCAUGGAAAUUUCAAGGUUCACCUUGAUGGAGAAGCUUAGAUCAUAAAGGAGUUGCAGAAUCGGAAAGAUCGGCUAAAAUCCCAGAGAUUGAGCCAAAAGUCGAAGCAUUUGGUUUUGGAUCCUUGGAAAUGUCAUUCAUUUAGCGGAAAAAAAAGAGUGCACAGUGAAAGGGAGUUACAAAAUUCCGAUAUCUGUGUUCGAAAUUUUUUUUCCGAUAUUUGAUUGAGAUUACGAGAAAAGGUGAAUCAGAUGAUUAAGGAUUCAUGAAAGUGGCGAAGAUCGAGGAAAAGGAGUAGCAUAAAGUGACCGGGCGAAGCACACUUUGCAGUUUUAUUGUAAGUUCAUUGAAUGAAUUUACUUUAUUGAAAGUUCGUUGAAUGAAUUUGCUGUAUUGAAAGUUCAUUGAAUGAAUUUGCAAAGCCAUUUUCAAACGAUCGUUUGGUCUUGACGUUAAAUAUCCAUUGAGACCUCACAUUGCGAGAAAAGAGGUUCGGAGGGCUAAAAAUCCUUGUACAAAAUACAAACACAGAUAGAAGGUUGAAGUUACAGUUACGUUAGAUAUCCAGAAAAGGAAAGCUAAAAGAUUGAGUAUUUGGUUAAAGCUGAAGGAUCAAUCUACAGAGGAAGCUCUAAGAUGGGUGAAAAUAAGGUAAAUGCUUUCCUUUGAAUUCUACAAUUUUGUUAGAAAAUUGUUACUGGUUAGGUCAUAGAUCAAGAGAAACAUUUUUAGGUCAUAGAUCCCGUUAAAGUUGGGUGAAAGGCUUAAAGAUCCUGUAAAAGUGGUACAAAAAGUUAUAGAAAGGUGGUUACUGGAGAAUUUCCUUUCUGGCAAAACACAGAAAACAGAGGGAAACACUAAAGAUUCAUAAAGAGCUCAAUAUCGAGCAGAGAAACCCUAAUUCUUUUCGGAAACAAAGGAGUAGCAAGAGGAGACAGUGGUAAAAUCACUUCCCAUAGAACGCCAAUUUAAACCGGUUGGCAUUGGAUAAAAGAUGAAGAAAUCAAUCCACUGCGAAGUUUCAAAACCACUAUAAUACCAUUGUUGUCAUAGAGCCUGAGCUUCUUCAAUAGCUACAACUCUCUGAGCUCCUCUCCAUUUUUAGUCAAAACAGAAGUGGGUAAACAACGAAAAGGCAAAAAGUAAAGGAAAGAUAACCAUGGCCGAUGGCUCAGUGAAACUUGAUGAUGAACAAUUAUCAGAGCUUCGAGAAAUCUUUCGAUCUUUUGAUCGGAACAAUGAUGGAAGCCUAACCCAAUUGGAGCUCGGUUCUCUUCUUCGCUCUCUUGGCCUGAAACCAAGCCCUGACCAACUCGAAGCCCUAAUUCAAAGGGCUGACACCAAUAGCAAUGGUCUUGUAGAGUUUUCUGAAUUUGUUGGCUUAGUAGCACCAGAGCUUCUACCAGCUAAGUCUCCUUACACAGAUGAACAACUUCAAUCUCUAUUUCAGCUUUUUGAUAGAGAUGGAAAUGGUUAUAUAACAGCUGCUGAAUUGGCCCAUUCAAUGGCUAGACUGGGCCAUGCUUUGACUGCUAAAGAGCUUACAGGAAUGAUCAAGGAGGCAGACACUGAUGGGGAUGGAAGGAUCAGUUAUCAGGAGUUUGCACAGGCCAUUACCAGUGCUGCUUUUGAUAAUUCAUGGACAUAGGACUCUAAGGACGGAGGAAGGUUGCGUACAUGGAGCCUGGACUUGAUUGAUAUAAGUGGGUUUUCCCACGCUUGCAUGGGGAUUUGGAGUUUCUAUAACCAACUCCUCGGCAAACUGGUUUCUCUUUCUAUUUAUUUCAUAUUGUUCUUCCAGUCUUUGUUCCUUGCAAUUGUGUCUUUUAUUUCUUCUCCUUAGAGUUUUCCUUCUGUUGUUUGAAAGUUUCGAGUUCUUUUGUGGGGAACAUGUAUACUCCAGUAGUCUCCUUGUUCUUCUUGUUUACUAAAACUCUAGAGCUAGUGAGUAACAUGUGAUAGCCCAGGUUUUUUUUCUUUUUUUGAGCUCUUUUAACACCUUGUGUUGUAAGUUCAAAUCUCAUGUAUUGCAAUCAGGGAGGGAAAAAAACAUCCGAGCUUGUCCUUUUAGCU